AUGAUGUGGAGUCUGAUUCUGCUCUUUCUGAUGGCUCAGUGUUGUUUCAUCAACUGUCAUCUGUAUGAGUAUCACUACAUUAAUGUUAAUAAGACCUGGACUGAAGCUCAGCAGUACUGCAGAGAGAAACACACUGACCUGGCCACAGUGUCUAACAUGGCAGACAUGAAGAGACUCCUCAGUAACUCAGCAGGAGAUAUGAGGGGAGCUUGGAUUGGUCUGCAUGAUCCACCAGGUGUCCAGAGAACAUGGUACUGGUCUCUGCCUGGAGAGGAGUUCAAUGAGAGUGGGACAGACUGGGACACAGGAAAUCCAACUGAUAUAGGAAAUAGAAAUAAAGGAACUGAGAAUUGCGGGCGUUUGAUAAAUACUCCUAAAUGGGAAGAUACUGGUUGCCAGUGGCAGGAAUAUUUCCUCUGUUAUGAUGAAACCAACACAACACAGAAAUACCACUUGAUUAGAGAGAAGAAGACCUGGCAGAAAGCUCAGAGUUACUGCAGAGAGAAACACACAGACCUGGUCAGUGGACUGAAGCAGCUACAGGAUGGAGAGCUGAAGGAAGUGGUGGAGUCUGUGGGCCCAACAACAGUAAUAUUCUUUGGUCUGUUCAGAGACACCUGGAGGUGGUCAGAUGGAAGCAGUUUCUCUUUCAGACACUGGAACAAUGAGUUGAACAAUACACAAUACAACAGUGGUCUAUGUGCCAUGACUGUGUUUGAUGAUGAAGGCAGAUGGAAGAAUGACAGCUGUGGUGUUAAAAAACCCUUCAUCUGUUAUGAUGAUAAAGUGAUCCUGAUCAAAGAAAAUAAAACCUGGGAGGAAGCCUUAUCCUACUGCAGAGAUCACCACCAUGACCUGGUCACCAUCACCAACCUGGAUGAGCAGAGAUGGGUCCAGGAGAAAGCCAAGAAGGCCUCCACUGAUUACGUCUGGCUGGGACUGCGCUUUAACUGCACCAUGAAAUUCUGGUUCUGGGUCUGUAAGGAGCAUUCGGUCAGCAAUACCAGCCAGGCCUCAGGACAGAUGACUGACUGUGACACGUCUGGAGCCAUGGCUGCAGGAGGACAGCAUAGGUGGUUCCAAAGAAAUGACAAAGAGGAGCUGAAUUUCAUUUGUUCCAAGGUUUAAAGCUCAUCUAUUCUCUGGCAACAUGGGUUUUACCUUUCAUUUACAGAAAUUCUAGGGUGAUUUUUGUGUUUCGUGGUUCUUUAGUUUCAUAAAUAACAAAAUUAAAAACUUUACAGUAGAAAUAAUACUGAUAUUGGGGGGAAAUUAUUCAAACUUGGAUAAACUGGAUCUGAAAAUGACUGCUCUGAAAGUAAAUGUGUAUUUUCUAAGUGUAACAGCACAGGUACAUAUACUGCUAGACCAAAGGUUAGCCUAAAACAUAGACACACCAGAAAGUCUUUAUCUGAUAUGGUUUAAAUUAAAUAAACAUGUUUGCUAUUUA